GUUCAUCCUAACAUUGAUGUUUCUCACAAAUCCAUGUUAAUAUUAAAUGACUUCAUCAAUGAUAUGUUUGAGAAAAUAUCCAGUGAAGCUUCAAAACUUGCAGCCUACAAUAAACGAUCAACAAUCACUUCACAUGAUAUACAAUAUGCAAUUAAGUUAAUUUUACCUG